UUUCUGAAUACUAACAAUAAGAGGUUGCAAAAACAAAACCAGGAAUCCAUAACCAUUACCACAUCAGACACCAGCGUGUCGGUUGUAAGCAGAAUCCUUGUCAACCCGAGCCCACCAGAUACAUUCUCCGCCGGAGGUCGGAGAUUUCCAACUCUGCCAUCCUAGGUUCAGCCUCUUCUAGCAGUCACUACGACUACCAUUCACCUCAGUACUGCUGCUACCGCAAAGUCUAGAAAGGGCGGCCCUGAAGAAGAAAAGAAGAAAGAAAUGGCAGCGUUAUUGAAGAAAUUGGCAACGAAGGCUGCACCGAUGAUCGCAUUCAAUGGAGCUUUUCUAGCCCAAUCCAAGUCUACUUUCCCCAAUUUCCGUAUCCCCUUUGGAGCUAUUGCGGCGGUUUCCGGUGGCAUAUCCUAUUAUUACUACUUCUCUUCUUCAUCCGUGGCGUACCUAGAUGAGAUCGCUGAUGAUACUGGGUCCAAAAUGGCACUUAAUCCUAAUAAAUGGACUGAAUUCAAACUGGAAGACAAGGCACAAGUCAGCCACAAUACUCAGUUAUUCAGGUUUUCGUUUGAUCCAUCUGUGAGAUUAGGUCUUGAUAUUGCAUCAUGCAUUCUUACCAGGGCACCAACUGGACAAGAUGCUGAGGGGAAAACAAAAUAUGUCAUUCGCCCUUAUACACCAAUAUCUGAUCCAGAUGCCAAGGGGUACUUUGAUUUGAUGAUUAAGGUGUAUCCAGAAGGGAAAAUGAGUCAGCAUUUUGCAAGCUUAAAGCCAGGUGAUGUUAUGGAAGUGAAGGGGCCCAUUGAAAAGCUCAGAUAUAGCCCAAACAUGAAGAAACACAUUGGCAUGAUUGCAGGGGGAAGUGGCAUCACACCAAUGCUUCAGAUUAUAGAGGCUAUCCUUGAGAAUCCUGAUGACAACACCCAGGUCUCACUGCUCUAUGCUAAUGUAUCCCCUGACGACAUUCUUCUCAAAAAGAAGCUUGAUGUACUAGCAGCUAGCCACCCAAAUCUGACGAUACAUUACACAGUUGAUAAUCCAACAAAUGAUUGGAUAGGGGGUAAAGGUUAUAUAUCAAAAGACAUGGUUGUCAAAGGAUUACCUGGGCCUGCUGAUGAUACACUUAUCCUAGUGUGUGGUCCUCCUGGUAUGAUGCAGCAUAUAUCUGGUGACAAGGCCAAAGACUAUUCACAGGGCGAGCUAACUGGUUUACUUAAGGAACUUGGUUACACGGAAAGCAUGGUAUACAAAUUCUGAAGGACAGUGUACUUAGGGUUGCUGCACUUCACUUGAAGAUAUUCAAAGAAUAUCAUGCGCUUCAAGCAUGAUAUGCAAAUUUUGAAGGAGGGUGUACUUGGUGUUGCUGCAAUUCAAGAUAUUCUGGAAUAAAUGAAUUUCAAAGAACGCAGGCUGAACUUACAGCAUUAGCCUAGAAUUUGGAUGAGCAUAAGGAUCGUUUGUUGGGAAUUUUAUGAUUUUUGACAGCCCUGACGACGAAAGUAUAGAUCUUUAAAGAAAUGUCUGGAAUAUCUUUUCCUGUAAGAUCCAGUAUCAAACUUUCGAUUGAUUUUCUGAUCUUAUACUUUGUGCUUGCGGUGUGGGAGGAGCCGGGUGCACAGGAAUACAGGAUUCCCUUUUUCUUUUUCGCAGGUCGAACGUACUAUUAUUGUUGUUGUUUCACGCUACUUGGGCCUUUGCUCGUUUUAAAGUUAGGGUUAAUUCCAUUUUGUAAUUUUUAACUGUAUUCAAAUUUUCA